AGGGCACUCCGAAGUGAGAAAACUCUGAGGGCUGUAAGCGCGCGCCUCGUUAUUGUGGGGCACCUCAUUAUUGUGGGGCGCUUGACUGUGCCGCAGCCACGCGCCUACUUCAGACAAUCGUCUCCGCCCAGAAGCUUAAACAAUUUGCAGGAACGAAACUCCCCGUCGCAAUUUUCAAAUCGCAAUGCUUGCAUUUCGGCGAGUCGGUUUGUCUUUGGCUUCCAUACUCUGGCUUCAUGCAAGCUGGUAUGCCAUCGUUCUCUUCCCGGCUUACUUUCGUUCCAUGGUGUCCGCUCGCUCACUAUGUGGCAUCGUUGACCAGAGAACCACCAUUGUUGGAGACCGCUUACUGUUUUCAAGCGGGAAUUACACAUUCGACGAUGGAGAGACCUGGCAAAACACUUCUUCGCUCUACUGGCUCACACUAAAUGAUACCAUCACAGUCGACAAACCGAUUGACAUGUCGCUCCUUGAAGCUGUUGACCUACCUAGCAACACCUUAGCUGGCGGUAAAUCUCCGGUAUCUGGCGGUGCAUCUGGGACGUUUUUCUACGACCAUACCACCGUGUACGCCUACGCCGGUAUGGUGGGGCCAGAAGCAGACGGCGUUAACAACUCAUUGUACUCUUUCAACACGACAUCAAAUACUUGGAAUCUGGUGCAGGUCGAGGGUGGGAAGAUAAGCUUCGGUAACAACAGUGAAGGAGUUUACGCCACAGACAUCAAGACUGGCACAUCGUUCUAUACCGGCGGCUGGGCUAUGGCGUACAAUGGCACUUACAACGGGACAGUAAAGUUCCAGUCCGCGAAUUCGGGCACUGCGCAACCAACAUGGAGCUUCAUGACCACGCAGACGGGACUUCAGGGCCCGAACAUUCUGAAGGGCGCUAUGACCUUUCUGCGCAAGGGACAAGCCGGGAUAUUAGUCGCGUUCGGCGGGUACAACACGGCCUUUGAAGGGAGCGACUUCGGACCAGGAUGGGACUGGGACCAGCGAGACAUGAGUGACAUCUGGAUCUACGACAUCUUCUCAAACACGUGGUAUUACCAAAAAGCAACUGGCGACAUUCCUCAUAAGCGGACCGAGUUCUGUGCUGGUGUUUCCUCAGCUCCGGAUGAUUCGAGCUUCCAAAUCACGAUAUACGGAGGUUGGGAUCAGCUAAAGCAGCAGACAUUCAGCGAUGUCUACGUUCUCAGCUUACCUUCGUUCCGUUGGAUACAGGUAACAAAAGAUACGGCGACCGACCCGGAGACUACGCCUGGUCGAAACAGACACAAAUGCAAUAUGUGGAACGACGGGCAGAUGAUAGUUUCAGGCGGCAUUGUUGCUGUCGGAGUCGGUGAUCCGAAGAAACUCAACAACGUCUGUAAUCAAAACUAUCCACCAUUUGAAGUUCUGGACACUUCCACCUACGCGUGGAGAACACAGUUCGAUCCGAAGCUGGAGUAUUCCGUUCCGGACGUGGUGACCGCUGUCAUUGGAGGAAGUUCAUCAGGGGGCGCAGCACUGUCGUCACCUCAGUUGGGUUGGAACAGCAGCGAUCUCUCGGCCGUGUUCUCAAAGUCCGUUGCCCGGGAUACAUACGAUUACGAGUCUGCGUCUUCUUCCGCCGUUCCAACUUCUACGGCAAGCUCCACAUCCACGGCAAAACACAGCCACAAACAUCUUUCGGGGGGCGCUAUUGCAGGCAUCACAGUUGCUGUCGUUGCUUUCGUUGCCCUCGUAUUAGUCUCGGCGGCGACAGUUUUCUGCUGGCUUAAACGAAAGAAGAGUAGGCGCAAUGACCGUACAGAUGACCAACCGAUUUGGCACAAGGCCGAACUAGAAACUACGGAGCGCACGUAUCCAGAAAUGCCUCCAGACAACGCAAUACUCGAGGCGGAGGUGAAUGGAAUACGGAAUCCAGAGCCGGUAGAGCUGCCGGCGGUUUCGAGGAUGCUAGAAUUGCCGGCUACCUCAAGACGGGUUGAGCUUCCGCCUUAGCGAUUCCAGCCCUUACUGUCUUUUGAGACUAUUAAUUCCAUUGCGGCAGUUCAGCAAUAUGGUCCCGGAACGGACUUAAGAAAAGUGGGAUUCAGACGGAUAUUGGAGCAGAGAACGGAGAUACAGCAAGCGUUCACCUUUGCGUCGUGCAAACAAGGCUUCUUUCGGAAUCCAAUUACGCCAACCGAUGUUUAUCACCUUAUCUCAAAAGCAGCUGUCGACUCAUUGGUACGUUUGUCCAAACGGCCCAGUUUGAUUUAAACGGCUUAGGACCCAUAACUUUAAAAGGCUCAUGCUU